CCACGCACAACUCGCCUGGGUUUGUACGUCAAAAAAUUGAAAAAAAAAAACUACACUAAACAUGUGCUGUAAAAGUCAAAAUUAUUGUGAUAAUAUUGGCGUAAUAAUUAUCCUUCCAUAUCGCGUUCUUUGAUCCAAGACACUCCAAAUCCGAGAAUGAAAAAACGUCGCUUAAAUAUCCGUCGCGAAUUCAAAAUUGGUUCGCGGGAACUCUCCCAAAAUUUAAUAAUCGUGAUUAGUUAGUCUAGGCUAUUCUAUUUCUUUUUUUUUCCACAAAGUAUUUUUACAAGAAAUAACAACAACAACAGUUGCAAGUGUAUCCACGACCAAGUUGGGCCCAGGUUGGCGGAAUAUCCGAUUAAUAUCCGAAACCCUCCCGGAGCAGUGUUCUUGUGAUUCAUAACCUGGCCACGUUGCUGUGAUCGAAAAAAAAAGAGAAAAAGGGCAGAGAUAUUCUUGUUGCAGUGAGAGUGCCCAGUGCUGUAGUGUUCUGUAGAGUCCUAGAACCCGUUUCCGACAAUCCAAGUGCCAAUCCAGAAUGUCCAGAAACAAGGCUGCCGCGGUCAGCGCCUUCCGGCUGCUCCUGCGUCCUUCGACCGCUCCUCGCAGUCGCAACCUCCUCGCCCUGCGCCUGGCUCCUGUCACGACCUUUGCCCUGCACCUACGACCAGGACAUGAGAUGCAGCAGCACAGAGGCUACGCGUCCUCAGCGCAGGACGACGAGACGAAAGGCGGCCAAAAGUCGGACCAGCACCAAAAGCAACUGGAGACUGGAGGUCCCAAGUCGUGCCAGGACGAAGCGGAAGCGAAAUCCAAUAAGUAUCACCUUAGCAGCCGGGACGAUGAGAGUGAUAAUGCGAUUGGUAGCAAGAACCCUGCCUCUUCCCUGGUUUCGGCCGAGCUCCGGGAGGAAGUGAGGAGGUUGGUCCGCCAGCUUUUCGAACGGCUUCGAUCUAGAGAAACCUGCAGUAGGUCGGAGAGCAGGGUUAUUAAGUGCCCACGGUCUGAGGGAUACAAAAACGCCGUUCCAAAUCACAAUUCCGAUGAACUCAGCUGCCAGAAAGAGGUUAUGGGCGAUAGGGCUGGGAGUCAGGCACCAGGAAAGUUGGCCAAUAGGAUUGAGAAGUUCAAAAAGCGUCGAAGCCAUAAGCCAGCCAGAGUGAAGGUGCUCAAUGCUAGGGAGUUGGCCCACAUCAAACGGGAACUAUGCAAACAGAUGCAGUCCAAGAAGAAGGUGACGAGCAGAUCCAGAAAGAAAGCAAGAAUGAAACUAGACCAAGAUAUCACGCGACUCACGCUGACCGAGCUGAGGACGCGGCUAAGGGCCCUCGGACUGAGUGCUACGGGCCGCAAACAGACGUUAGUCGAACGGCUUACGAACGUGGCCCAGAACGGUGCAGUGGCAGCAGCUACAACAACGACGACAACCAAAACAGAAUCCAAUUUGUCGUCGGCGAAGGAGCCCGUAAAUAAUUCCUACACGACUUCUGCCCCCAAAGACACAGUCCGGCAUAAUGACAUCUUUGUGGAGUAUGUGAAUGGCAUGCCCCACAUGACUGUCAGGCUCCCCAGUCGCAACGAACUCUGCCAGUUCGCCUUGAAACCCAUCACUCACAACGUAGGCGAUUUGCUGGCCAUGCUUAGAGCUGAGGACCGCGGCAUUGAUCGUGCUGCUGUCAUCAAUAAGCAUGGAGUGCGAAUCGCUUCGUCCUGCACUAUUGACAGCCUACUGGAUGACUCCUUCAGCAUACAAAUUAACAAUCGUACAUUGGAAGUCAAUCCCCCGAAACGUGACAAAAUCACAAUAGAGUCUAUGGACAAAGUCGGGGAUGUGCGCAAAGUUAUUGCUCAGCUGUACGAGGCGUUCAAUGUGGGCGAGUAUCAGUUGGAGAAGAGCAAUCAGCUGGCCAAGGAACUGGAGAGUUUACGCUACGAACUCGAGCCGCUAGAAGAGAAAAAACUGGAACUUAGCAAAAAAGCUGCUCGUCGGACCAACUUUAUGACUUGGAUGGGUCUCGGCUUGAUGUCCGUGCAAUUUGGCAUCUUGGCGCGUCUGACCUGGUGGGAAUACUCUUGGGAUAUUAUGGAGCCGGUUACCUAUUUUGUUACGUACGGCACGACAAUGGCAAUGUAUGCCUACUAUUGUGUUACCAAGAAGGAGUACAUGAUGGAGCACGUGAAGAAUCGCGAGUACUCGCUGUCGCUCUACAGGAACGCCAAGAAGGUCCAGUUCGAUGUGGAGCACUACAAUGAGCUGAAGCGGAAGUCGGCGGAGGUGGAGUACAAUCUAAGAAGGAUCAACGAUCCGCUCAACAUGCAACUGCCAUCGCAUUUGGUGCGCACUCAGGAGAACACGCCACCAACCCAAAACGAGGAGCGGAAGUGUACUUAAGGACUUCGUGGCAAUCAGUUGCGAGAAAAGGAUAAUCGAAACUCAAUCCUAAUUUUAGCUCCUUCGUGAAUUAGAUAAACAACAAAAAUAAAUGUCGCCCUCUCUUAGCUAAAGACGUUCAGGUGAUCGGACUGUUGACUGUCAACGUCCGAACGGAUUUUUAUGUACGCAUCACAUGUUGUGUAAUCCUUUAGUUUGUCUCUUUAUGUUAACUAAACUGUUUUAGUUUCCUAUUUUAUGUUUAAUUAGUCUAAGCCAAGUCGGACGAUUCACAAAACGCACAAGUUCUAUCUGACGCCUGCAGUUUUCAACUGAUAACACUAAUUUAUGUUUAAUCUUAAAUUAUUUAUUGCAAGUGAGAGAUUUGUUUAAGCCUAAGGCAGUUUUUGUGUGUGCAAAGUUUUAGAAAAAUACAUGAAUUAUUUAUUGAAAAUGA